GACCAAUCUCCACCUCGAUAAGAUCUCUGGACACAGUCAACACUUGACUUCACCUCCGACAGUGACAUCUCCUGCGUCUACCUCAAAGUGAGCCGUUACUCAUUUUAAAGUACUUAUCUCUAACUUACAUUAUCGUUAUCGGUUUCAAGAGGAACGUUUAACGAAAAGGAAAGACAGCCUUUGGGGAGAAUGUCAGAUUUCGACAGCAACCCGUUUGCGGACCCGGAGUUCAGCAACCCAUUUCAGGAUCCAUCAGUGACACAAGUAAGACAGGCGGCUCCUCCGGGGUUAGAGGAGUACAAUCCCUUCACAGAUGCCAAACCAGCUCCUGCAGGUAUGGCACCCAAGACUACAGCACCCACCAUGAACACACAACCAGCCAUUAUGAAACCCACAGAGGAACCUCCAGCCUACUCACAGUCUCAGGCACAGGAUCAGUCUCGAGGAGCUGCUGAGCUGCUGAGGAGACAGGAGGAGCUGGAAAGGAAGGCGGCAGAGCUGGACCGUCGGGAGAGAGAGAUGCAGUCACUCAGUGCUUCAGGAGGCAGGAAAAAUAACUGGCCUCCGCUCCCAGAAAACUUCCCCGUUGGCCCUUGUUUCUACCACGACAUCACAGUGGACAUCCCAGUAGAGUUUCAGAAGACAGUCAAGAUCAUGUAUUACCUCUGGAUGUUUCACACAGGGACGCUGCUGGCUAACCUGAUCAGCUGUAUGGCCUGGUUCUGUGUGGACGCAUCACGCGGGGUGGACUUUGGCCUGUCCAUCCUCUGGCUCAUGCUCUUCACGCCAUGCUCCUUUGUCUGCUGGUACAGACCGCUUUAUGGAGCAUUCAGGAGUGACAGCUCAUUCAGGUUCUUUGUUUUCUUCUUCGUCUACAUCUGUCAGUUUGGCAUCUAUGUCAUCCAGUGUAUCGGCAUCGCUGGUUGGGGCACGAGUGGGUGGAUCUCUGCUCUGACUGGCCUGAAUAAGAGCAUCCCAGUUGGCAUUAUCAUGAUCCUGGUCGCUGCUGACUUCACCGCACUGGCUAUCAUGUCUCUCAUCAUGUUUAAAAAGGUCCAUGCGUUAUACCGAACCACAGGAGCCAGCUUUGAGCGUGCCCAGCAGGAGUUUGCCACAGGCGUCAUGUCCAACAAGACAGUCCAGACGGCGGCUGCUAACGCCGCCUCGAGGGCUGCACAGGGAGCGGCACAGGGAGCCUUCAAGGAGCAGAUCUGAUUGGUUAAGAGAGGUCGUUCAUCCCUCCGUCCAACACUCAACCCUCCUCUUCAUCCAUGCCCCCCUUUGAACAUAUGGAGAGCCUCCCACAGCCUUUUGACAAUUUCAAAGUGGUUUUACGAUCUAGAGAGAAACGAUCAGACAGGAUUUCUGCAUCUUUUGGACUCCAUCUUCCCAGCAACAUCGUGCACUCUCAUCACAAACUCUGAGACCCCCUCCUCACUGGCGCUGCACUCUUUCUACCACUCAACCAGCGUGCUCAGAUUGACCUUCUCUGUGUGAGUUUGUUUUUGUGUGGUCAUGUGUGUGUGUGUGUGGCCAACAUUGUGAAUGUUUGCGUGCCUCUUAAAACAUCACGCCUGUCCUCCGUAGGCAGACUGUAAUCAAAGUGAACCCAGUCCGACUUUGCCAGCUUAACCAGGGCAUUUCUGAUCAUCAGCCGUGUCUGUAAUUUAUCAACUCAAAUACUAUCUCUUCCUUUUAAACGAUUUCAUAAUUAUUAAUUUAUUACUGGAUAAAUGGAAGUCAUCUAGUCCUCUGUAGUUGUUGGUGCAUGCAGGCUGCAGCCUUCUUUGAUUUCCUUUUGCUUACUGCCACAUAUCAUAACUGAACACUGCUGCCCCCUAGUGGAGUAACUGUACUUUUGAAGAUGAAUGCUGUGCAUUCCAGCUCUUUGCCUUGCCUUCUACAUCUGUUUUCCUCUGAAUAUAGUUUGCAGACUUUAAAGUAUAACUUUCUUAGAUUGAAAGGUCACCCAAAGUCUUAACUGUUAAGCAUCAAACACUCAGCGGCGACAAAAAUCUCAGGGGGGUUGCGGGACCCAGUCUGCUCUAAAGUUGUCAAAAUUAGAUUUACAUCUUUUGUUUUGUUUUUUUAAUUGAAUCAUGAUUAGCAACAUUAUAAAUUAAGGCCAACUUUAAAGAUUUCUUAAAACAUGAAGAGAAUCUGUUCAUUUUUUAGCAAAAAAGUUAAAGGUCACAUAUAAUGCAAAAAGAAAAAAAAAAACACUUUUUUAGGCUUUUCUGUGCCCUUGGCCUGCCUACAACCCUCCAGAAGAAUCAGACCCCCCCAAUAAUAAAAAUAGAUUUGAAUUUUUCCAAGGGGGUCUUGGGGGCUUAGCUUUUCUCAGACCCAAGUAGAGGAGUCCUAAGAAAAAAAAGGUAGGGAAUCACAGCCUUAGAAGGUAGCAUCCUUCAUGAAAACACAUGCCUGACUUUGGCAGAGGUCAGCAGAACAAAGUUGGCCACCACCAACAGAUUUAAAUACAAGUAAAACCUUGAUUAAGCUGCAUAUUUGCAUUGUUCCUAUUUUUUCUGAUAUACUCUUCAAUGUCAAAAAUGUAUCACUGUUAGGAGCUGUUUCAAACAACGCAGCUAACUGUGUAACAAGUUGUGUUUGAUACUUCACAGCUAUUUUAUUUGGGUGAACUCUUGAAAGUUUGAUCUUAAAUCUUCAUUUGCCUAAACUCUUUUUGCCUUCAGUCAUCCACUUUAAAGCCAAGUUGCACUUUAAACAUUGUCUUCAGAUUCUUCGUCUGCAUGCUGUAAUCGCUGCAAACAUAAAGAUAUUUCUGAUCCCGCCCUCACGCCUUCCUUUGCAUCACUGUUAAUCCAUGCACACACCAGCUGUGUUUGACUGAAUUUUCACUUAAAACCGAACUUUUUUUCUAAUUCCGUCUGAAAACAUUAACAAACGAGAUCCACCACUCUGUAAAUACAGCUGCAUGUUUUUACAGCUGACCUGAAGAGGAAAAAUGUGACUCGUCUCCAGCUUUUCCCUGUGAGACUUACCUCAGUUUUUACUCAGGAUGUACUCUUCACUUGCAUGACAAAAUCAAAAAUAUACCUGAUUGUAUGAACACAGACUGGCCCCGAUGUUUAGCUGUAAUCGAUAUAUCAGCCGGUGAUGUUAUGGUUAUAACUGCUUGCAUUUUGUGGAUUGACUAUCUCUGAAAUCGUGCAACACAUCAGUCAAAUACUGCAUCAAAUCUGAGCGUGCUUUGAAUGUGUCUUUUUCUAAAAAAUACUGACCUUUUGUUGGAGCUGCAAACUGUUGAAUUGUCUUUUAUUGUCUCAUGUUAAAGCCAGUUAAGCCUUCUGUAUGUGUGUUUAGUGGGAGUGUGUUUAAAUUUGGCCUUUAAAGUUUUAAGUGAGUCUGGGAUCUUUCUUUUUCACUCCUCCUGCCUUCUUUUCCUUCUUUCAUUAUUCCCCACUUUGGUUUAAUUCUGACCAGUGCAUGUGUAUUUAUAAGUACAUGUAUGUACAAAGCAACAUGAGAUUAAUCUUAAAAGAAUCAGACUUGAGUGGCUCCUGCUGUUAUUUUUCACGUGUUUAAAUUAAAGAAAGGCAUUUGGCUGCACUGCGAUGUGACCUGUGUGCUGUAUAGUAGAUGGACCGUGGCUUUAAGCUUCAUAAUCAACAUGAUCUGUGGUAGGAAACACUGGGACUGAACUGAAAAUCGUCAACUCUAUUUAGAAGAUUUUAAUGAAACUAUUGGAAAAGACGUAGAUCGGUAUGUUUGUAUAUUUUGUACGAUUUACAAACGGUCGGCUCUUUGCUCCAAAUUUGGCUGUGAUUUUAAAAUGCACUCUGGUUUCACCGUCAGCCGCAUGUUGAGUACUUUGAGUUUUGUAUAUUUAUUGUAUUAACACAAAAUAAAAAUCCUUCUUCUG